GUACUAGCGUUUCUUGUUUCGGCGAAGCCCGAAGCCGGUGCCUCUGAUCUAGUACGAUGUCAAUCUCAGACUCUUAAUAAUAGAAACCAUAUGCCGAGAUUCCAUGGCAAGGCAGACGAAUGUAACUCGGCUAAAUUGAUCACGCAACCACAUCGGACCUAUGGCCACAGCUGA